UAUCUUAGUGUUGUGAGGCAGUCAGUGCUAUUUUGUAUUAGAGUUUAGUAUGAUAUAUUCUUUUUCUUACGCUAAUGUAAUUUGAAUGUCAGUUGACGAACCAUUUGCAUUGGCAGUCUGAUAUUUUAACGCCGAAGAGUCCUUGAUAAGGAUUUCACGACAGUCCCACAGCGUCUGUCAUAUUGUCUUGGUCAGUAGGGAGCAAAACACCAGCGGGGAGGACACUGUUACACAAGAGACACCAACUCGCCGCUCUUUUUCCCAUCCAGACUGCCUGACCUGCUGAAACCUUGAUUGACAUGGCAGCCAAUGGAGCAAGCUGUGAGCAGCCACAGAAACGUGCAGGAGCUAAAGACAAACAGAAUGGCAAGUCGACAGACUCUUCAGUAAGAGAGAGGCGACAGAAAGAUAAGGAGGAGCGCCUGUCUCUGGUGUUAUGGAGGAGGCCUGUCACCACAUUACAUUAUUUUCUCCUGGAGACCCUUAUCAAGCUAAAGGAGUGGACGUUUAAGCUUUGGCAACGGCGAGGCACAGUGUUCUUAGUUUUGGUGUUAUGUUCUCUGUUCUCCAUCGCCUACUCCACUGAGGGAGCACACCAACAAUAUGUUAAUUACCUGGAGAAGAGGUUCCUAUGGUGUGCCUACUGGGUAGGCCUUGGGAUCCUGUCUUCAGUAGGCCUCGGGACUGGCCUGCACACCUUUCUCCUCUAUCUGGGUCCUCAUAUAGCGUCAGUAACCCUGGCAGCAUACGAGUGCAGCUCCACGGACUUCCCAGAGCCUCCGUACCCAGACCAGAUUGUCUGCCCCCAAGGUGAAGGCUUGGAGGGAAGCAUCUCCCUCUUCUCAAUCAUGUCAAAGGUCCGCCUGGAGGCCUGCAUGUGGGGGGCAGGCACUGCCAUUGGAGAGCUGCCUCCAUAUUUUAUGGCCAGAGCGGCUCGUCAGUCAGGAGCUGAUCCGGACGAUGAAGACUACGAGGAGUUUGAGGAGAUGCUGGAGCAGGCUGAGGGCGCCCAGGAUGUUGUCACAAGAGCAAAACUGGGAGUUCAGCACAUGGUGCAGAAAGUGGGCUUUUUUGGGAUCUUGGCCUGUGCCUCUAUCCCCAAUCCUCUCUUCGACCUGGCUGGAAUCACAUGCGGCCAUUUCAUGGUUCCCUUCUGGACCUUCUUUGGAGCAACUCUAAUUGGGAAAGCAAUCAUCAAGAUGCAUAUACAGAAACUAUUUGUUAUCAUCACCUUCAGCAAGCACAUAGUGGAGCAAAUGGUGUCACUCAUUGGGUCUGUGCCCAAAGUGGGACCAUCACUUCAGAAGCCCUUCAGUCAGUACCUGGAAGCACAGAGGAACAAGCUGCACCAUGCUGGAGGAAGUAAACCAGCGGAUGAGAACUGGCUGUCGUGGGUGUUUGAGAAGGUGGUGCUGGUCAUGGUCUGCUACUUUGUCAUUUCCAUCGUCAACUCCAUGGCUCAGAGCUACGCCAAGCGGCUGCAGCAGCAGAGGCACUCGGAGGAGAAAACCAAGUGAUGACGAGACAAAAGCGGUACAAACAUCCAAGUGACUGUGUUUCUGCUGCUGCCGAGAGCCCUCCACUCGGCCACAGCCACUCACAACUUAACAACAAACCUCACCCCCCCUCCCAUCCAUUCUCAGAGGCUGACCACUCAAAAACCAGGCACUAUUUGUUGGCGUGUGUGCGCGCGUGUGCUUUUGAGGAUGUAUGUGCUGUUUACGGUUUGUCCCCUCUUCAGGUUUUGUAGUUCUUCCUCUCAUCUCACAAUCUAGGCGUGUGUAGUGCGAUUGGUUCUCUUGCUGAUCUUAACAUGUUACUUUAACGUUAAAUUAACCCAUUCAUUGACCUCAGAAGUAAAGCAGCGGUUUGGUGGUGACUGCUGUGUACGUGCAGUGCCCAUCAGAUGCUAUGCCUUAUGCAAGACGGGAAGGUCUGACUUCCCUUGAGUAUAGUUCUUGACUUAUUAACUUGAUUUUUAUUUAAUUUUGUAACAUUUAUGUAUGGAUGGAUCAUGACUUGUUUGUACAGCGUGCUGCCAAGGUAACUGCUAUGGAUGGUCUUUCUUUUCAGGGUUUAAUUUUCCUCAUGUUUUUGUCCUGUUAUACAGUAAAGACCAAUAUGUCUCUUUUUUGUCUCUGGAAAUUGUCAGUUUAAAAUGGUGAGAAAAAAAGCAAUAUCAACUUAAAACAGUGUGGUAUUGAUAGUUUGCACAUUGUGUAAAUAUCUUAAUAUCUUUUUGACAGUAUGCGCAGAUGUAUUUCUAUUCUAAUGGUCUGUGUGGACAUGAGUUAAACUUGAACCAAAACAAAACAAAACAAAAAAAAUAAACGGUGAUAUCAUUUGUAUAGUGACAUUGUACUCUCAGCUAACUAGUCCCAUUUCUAUUCUGUACAUUUAGGUUGAACCUUGGAUCAGAUCAUAUAUAAAACAUGUAAAUCAUG